AUGCCUCUGUUGAAACCCGCAGGGUCUAUCAUAGACCUGACACUCGACGAACCCGACGAUGCUCUCGCCACAGCUACUAAAGUUCGAGCACAGGCAAAGGCGCUAACGGCUGAUAGUUCCAUCGAGAUCCUAGACGCACUGCCUCCCAUACAUUUGAAACCCCACUCAAAGAAGCGCGCAAGGACACCGGCAUUGCAAGAGUCGGAUGCCAGUCCAGGCAAGCGACGCAAGACGGAGGCCGGUCACCGUAUCGUGUUGUCCGACGCGUCUAUCAUUGAGCUGUUAGAUGAUGAUGCACCCGUUGCAUCUGCCAGUAAGACGCUCAACGCGGUUGCUUCGAGUAGUCGCACCACCCAAACAUUAGCCGCACAUGUAUCUGUCGAAGUCAACAUUCCGUCCCCAACGACUCUUGUGUAUGACUCGGUCGAUCUGUUAUCUGCGUGUACGACCAGUGACGAAGAGCUGGCGCGCCGUUUGGCCGAAGAGGAAGUCGCCUCGCACGCUGCAGACGAGGAGCUCGCACGCCGCAUCAUGGAGGAAGAACAACGGCAAUACCUCGAGAGCCUACCUAGCAACCCGCACGACGAGGCUCUUGCUCGCAAACUCUUCGAAGAAGAGCAGCGUGAGCAGGAGAGACUGCGGAAAGCUGUCGACGCUAAGCAGGAGGGCAUUGUCUACCGCGUGUCCGUCAAUGUUGCCGACGGCACGCUCGAAGAUGGGAGUCCGGCUCAUCCUGAUGACCUUGCGCGCUUCGAACCAUGGAGACAGAAACUAGAGAACUCCGGCAUCCAAGUCAAGAGAUUCCACUGGAUUGUGAAUUACGAACUGGAGAAAAAAUUUGAAGGCUCUCGUGAGUUACUUGAGAUUGUGACGGGCGAACCACCCCAGGAGCAGCAUCUCUUUCAUGGGACGCGACAGGCCAAUAUAGACUCGAUAUUGAGUUCCGGCUUCCGCAUCGGUGGUAUUGGUAACCACAAGGUUAUCAACGGCACUGCGUUUGGAACCGGGAUAUAUCUGGCGACAUCAGCUCAGACGUCCAUGCAAUAUGCUCCCGAUGCAGACCGCAUCUUCGCAUGUAGAGUACUCCCAGGGCGCACUACCCCUCAACCUAUGCAUGGGGUUCCACCCAGCACUGUGCCAGGCACGGAAGAGUUUGAGAGCUAUUGCGGUCCGAACGGGAUAUACGUCGUACGCUAUGCAACUUUAGUGCUCCCUUGCUACAUGAUCGAGUUCGAACGCCGUGGGUACGGGAUGGGGUACCCUGGCCCAUUCAUUGGCGCAGGGAUCGGAAUGGCGGGCAUGGCAGGGAUAGCGGCUCCCGGACGGUUUGGCAUGCCUAUGGUGGGAGGCAUGCCUAUGGCGGGACCCGCUCUGUUACACGCGCUUCGUGCUAGGGGACCACCAGCCGGUUUACCACUAUAUCCACCAGGCUAUGCGGGAGCCUUGCCCGUUCCACGACCUUUGGCCCCUGCGCCGCGCGGUAGGAAGGGCAAAGUGCGCCUUCGUUAG